AUGACGCUGCACGGUCGUUUCAACCCUCUGACAGCCACGGCAGACACGAAGAGUGGAAGACAGAGCGUGCGUAUCGGCAUCUGCACACCGUCGGCCUGCACAGCCGAUGACCUGAACGUACUUGUAUCGCGCGGAUCAUUCCUCAAGGUGGCAAAAAUAUUUUCGGCAGUAUCGAACACGAAGGCGCUGCUGAAGACAGAAAACACCGGGCUUAACAAAUCCCUUCUAUUUCUGAGCGGCCUGAAAGUAUUUUGUGCCUACUGGGUUUUGCUGGACCAUGAGUACAUCGCCCUUCAGGCGGAGUUUUUGCACAGCCCGUUUGAAUUGAUGCGACUGUCAUCGAAGCCUUGGUUCCAGUUUAUUACCAACGGUGUGUUAAGUGUGUCGACGUUUUUCUUCAUGAGUGGCUUUGCCCUGUCUUUCUCUAUGGCUGGCUCAAAUGCAACCAUCCGCUCUUUCGCGGUGGCGAUCGCACGUAGGUACAUCAGGCUUACGUUUCCAGUGAUGGUGGUUGUUCUCAUGGCGUUCCUACUGCCCUUAAUUGCCGAUGGCCCUGCGGAUUCAGAACUGCUGCCGCAGCAGCUGAGCGGCUGCUACACCAACUGGUGGACACUAUUGUUUCACGUCAACGACUUUUUGCCUCAAAAACAAAUGUGCUUAACCCACCUAUGGUACGUGGCUGCUGAUAUGCAAAUAUUUGCAGCUGUCACUCUCCCGCUGGCGGUGCUUCUGAAUUGGAACAACAAAGCAGGCUUUGCUUUAGCUUUCACAAUAUGUGCAGCAUUCGGAAGUUUAGCUGCAGCGCAAACAUACAUUUGGCAUCUGUUCCACGGAAUCACCUUCGGAAACAGCGAUGUGAGACGGUUUUCGAACACGCUGGAAUACAUCCAUUUCAAGCCAUUCGUCCACAUCCCAACGUACGUCUGUGGGACUGUCUCUGGUUUUCUCUCCAACAGAGUGAAAGGAAGACCACUGCGCCAGACAACACAAGCUCUCUGUUGGUUUCUGUCCGCCUGUCUUCUUUGUUCGGUCAUGUUUGUGACGAUUCCGUGGAAUGACGGUCGUUUCCCGGCUGACUCUGUUACCGCCCUGUACGGAGGCUUCCACAGACUUGUCUGGGCACUAGGCCUGUCUUGGCCGUUCAUUGCCUGCGCAAAUGGAAAAGCAAGUUUCCUCUACAAAUUCCUGGCAUGGAAGGCGUUCCUACCGCUGUCCCGGCUCACUUAUGGAAUUUAUCUCACGCACCUUCUCUUUCAUCUGCUACGCAUGGCCAACACAAAAACACCGAUAAAUGUGGACGAGUUCUUACAACUAAGGAAUUCCAUAGGAACUUUUGGCCUCAGUGUGGCCUUGGCCUACGUGCUGUAUAUUAUUUGCGAUGGUCCAACACAGCAGAUUGAAAGACUUCUCUUCAGGAAGACAGUGACCUCUCGUGCUUCGACAUCUCCACCAGGAAAUGAAACUGCAGCAAAACCCUGCUCUGAAGUAGUGAGCAAUGGCACCGCCUAAACUCAGAGAGUGGCGUUUCUUCUCUCAUUUCACAUGUCCAC